AUGGACGAAUGGUGCACGCAACAAAAUGAAAAGGGUGGGAAGCGCUCGUCCUGGAAUGGAUCUACGAGCUGGCAUUUGUGCAUUGAUUGGCUUGAACGAAUAGUUCAACAUGGUGUUAACUUUACGGAAAUUGGCCUCCGGUUCAUUAUAUCGAGCAUGGCAACACAUUGGCUUUUCAAACAUGGUCGUGCCAAAAUUUCCGGAUAUGGACUCCGGACGGUGCCAAUAUGUCUAAAAAUGGAUCCGGUUCGACGUACUGAUGAUUAUCGUAGUUCGCCAACUGUUGGAAAAUGGCUGUCCUGUUCAAUAUACUUCAACCUAGUUGUCAGUCAGCUGUUCAUCAUGGUAGGCGAAUCUACUAAUUCCAGCGCACCAGGUGCAUCCGGUUGUUCUGAUGCAAAAAGAAUCUUCGUAUGCUGUGCAAUUUGUAAAGAAAGUAUUUCCCAGGACGAUAUUUCAGCUCUUCGUUGUGGACAUCUUUUUCACUUCAUGUGCAUCAUGUACUUCUUCAUAUAUGGUUGGACUUCUUGCCCUGAAUGUUAUCAACCAUCAGAAAUGGCGGAUAUUGUAUCGUUACUUUAUUUUGAUGACACUUCGAAUAACACUUCAGACACUGCGAAAAAGUUGGCGAAUUACCGUGACAUUCUACGAAAGCUGCAUAAAGCUUAUUUGGAUAAUUUGGCUUUGGAGAAGAGGGAAAUGGAGUCGGCCGUUGAGAAGUUGAUUUUGAAAAAAGAAAAUUAUGAGCUGAAGAAAAAAUACUUGGAGUUAAUGCGAGAGAAUAAAGCUUUGAAACACUUACUGAUGAUGAAGCCAUGA